AUGCUAAGAAUUGCACGACUCACUGACGAUGCCGACUACGAGGCCGGCGAAACUUCUGGGAAUGUACCACGUCCACGAGCGUGUGCUAUAUUGAUAUUGAACCCUCAUUUCUUCUUGAUCCAGUAUUCUACAAUCUCUUCACAGAGUCAUAUUCUACUCUUACGUUCGUCCAUAUUCUUGCACUUAUUCGAAGUGAACCUUGGUGUAGCCAGCCUAUUUUACUACUCUACCAUACUAUUUCUCUGGUUGUUGUUGUCUACCUUGUUCUCAUCUGUCCAAAUUCGACUACGUGCGAAAUCUCGGUUGCAGGCACUUGUCUCAUCGAACACUUUUAAUGAUCUUUGGACAAAACUCCCUUGUCAGACCAACAAUAAUAGCCUCCCUGCCCUCAAGGACUCUGCUUUAACCGACAUCUCUAGAGCGUCACGCUCCGUAGGACCUGUAGUGCCGCAGCACUGUCCGUGUGCUAAUUGUGCUCUAAUCUCUCGUUCGCGUCGGCACACCCCACGUGACGUAGAAUUUCUUUCGCCUGAGCUGGGUUUGCGUUAUAGUCCAAACCCAUGCGAAAUAGCCGAUCGACACCGCGUGACGAAGGACCAAACCUUUACGUCGGAUCAAGAUAGCGAAUAUCUGGCCAGCUCCGAACGACCUGUUGAAUCCGACAAUGGUCGUGCUGCUUCGGCUACAAUACGAUCUCCAUCCAAGUCUUCAUGGGCUUGGGAUACUGUGCACACAAAGCCAGCGCGUGCUCCCUCACCUUGGUUACCCAGCGGCACGGUAUCACCGCAAGAACCGUUCCGCGACCAUCUAGGACGUCUUAUCCAGACAAGUAAGACCAUCUCACGCCUACUUGGUUACAAUCCAACUUCUCUAACCCACGGAUCUGAAGAAUUUAUCCGCUCCAUUUCACCACGUCGUUUUCCCAAGUGUGUUGACCUGGACGAGUUGCCACUUCCGGACGGCGAAAAGCAACGUUGGAAAAUCUCUCCAGCAAUCUCAUUGCAAGGUCAGGAUUCGGAGGACAAGUUGCCGACAGGCUGCGUGGCUGGGCAGUAUCAGCUUCGACAUAGGCUUCCUGAACCCAAAAGUGAUAAGCGGCUGAUGAAUCACCCUUAUCUUGUUAACCGAUCCUACGCCCGUUCACCAAGUUUUUUGCGACCUCGGCGCCUACACACCACGGAACGUACUAUCCAUUUAACAGGUAGUACUUCACACGAUACUGAAUCUACCAGCUUCCAUUCGCCAAAGACAGGGUCUCGGGUUCGAGCCCAAAACCAUUACGGGAAGCGCGUUGGUCUCUCCAACUCCCCGAUUGGCCAUUCUUCUCGCUCACCAGGCUGCGCCCAGCGACUACCGAGAGGGUCCACAAUGGGUCCGGCCCUUGAAAGCCUCCUUUUUCAACGCAAGUGUCUCCAGCGCGUCAUUUCGUUCAAUUUCGAAGAUGGUAUUUUUUAUCCAGGACUUGUGGUCAGAUGUCUUAACAACGACGCUGCGAUUAUUCGGUUGCGCCACAAUGGAAAGCUGUGUGAAAUCCCUAAUCAACUUACUCUUCCCAUUGUUGAUAUGUCUCAUACCCAAACUCUCUUAGAUGCCGACACAGUACUGGUUCGCGUGAAAAAUAUCCAGUCAAAUUGUGAAUGUUGGGUACCCGGGCGCCUGGUUGGCGGCUUCCUUGGCUUCCCCGAUCCUCGUAUGCCCUUACGCUUCCGCUAUCGAAUUCGCCUAUUUACUGGAGCUAAAGUAAGUCUAUGCAGCUCUUUUUAA